AUGCAACAAUCAUACUCAAAAGACCUAAUGAUAGGUCUCGCCAUUGCAUUCAUAAUAAUACCCUCAAUUUUUGUUGGCCUCCGAAUCUGGGCUCGAAGAAUUAACCGUCGCCAACUACACCCUGAUGACUACUUGUGCGUUGGAGCACUUGUCAUUGGCAUCGUCUGCUCCGCUCUCCAAUUAUAUGCUGCGAUCGAUGGUCAACUGGGUCAACAUCAAAUUGUAGGACCAGACGGCCAGCCCAUCCUCGAUGAUCCUCGCUUUGUGGUCUAUGAAAAGACAAAGUUUGCCGUCAAUAUUCUCAGCGUCUUUGGGUUAGGACUAGUCAAAUGCUCAAUCCUCCUUUUGUACAAGAGCAUCUUCAACAACGUUCGCAACUUUCGAUGGGCAGUCUAUGUGAUGCUCGGAGUGGUUGUGGCAUGGACCGUAUCAUAUUUCUUCGCCAAUCUCUUCACCUGCUUUCCAGUGACAGUCUUCAUAGAAGAGUUUUACGGCAACAAAUGCAUCGACACCAUUCCGAUGUGGCUCUCUGUUGUGGCCACGGACUUGGUCGUUGACGUUGGGAUCCUCAUUCUACCAAUACCAAUGGUGCUGCGACUGCACUUACCCUGGAAACAGAGGAUUGGAGUGCUCGGAAUGUUCAUGUUGGGCGCAAGUGUCUGUGCAAUCAGUAUCACUCGCCUUGCGACAUUGGUACAACUUUCUGCCGAAUUCAUCUACCAUUACAACGAUGAGACAUACUAUACAUCUCCAGUCUUUUACUGGACCAACAUAGAAAUGGCAAUGGCUAUUGUCUCAGCCUGUCUGCCAACAUUGCGGCCAAUCUGGAGUUUUCUGAGCACGGAGAAGCGGAAUACAAGCCAACAUUCAGAAUACAGCUUGCGAAAGCCAGACGGAUAUGGAAUGGUUCCUGAUUCAACUCCUCUACAACCUUUGAGUCGGCAAUCAGUCUAG